AUGCGCCGUGGGGCCAAGCUCACGUUCGCCCCAGGCGUCGCAACUGCAGAAGUCACAGCCAUCGCAAUGCACCACGAGCCCCUGAACGAGGCGGUGGUGGGUAACACGGUGACCGUGACGGUGGAUGCCGAGAUGAGUGACCUGCGAAGAGGUAUGGUCGGCUCUGCUGUCGACGACAGUCCGGCAUCAGAGUGCUGCUCCUUCCUGGCGCAAGUCAUCGUUCUCAGUGAUCCUCGUGCAGGUGAAAUCCGCAAAGACUCGGAACUCACCGUCGUGUGCCACACGGCUCAGGUGCUUUGCGCCUUUCAGGAGUUGGUCUCACGCACAGACCGUCGAACAGGCAAAGUGUUGCAGACGCGGCCGCUGGCAUUGCGUGGUGGGGAUGCAGCCAUUGUGAGGCUAAAGCCUCUCUCACCCCUGUGCGUCGAGCCGUUUGAGGAGUAUCCGACUCUGGGGCGCUUCUCUGUGCACGACCAGAAGGUGACUGUGGCUGUGGGCGUCGUCCAGAAGGUGGAGCAAUCAGAAUCCUCCGUGCCGGCAGCCAUGCCCCGACGACCGCCGCUGAAAGGUCAUGGCAGCUCCUCCCCGGCAACGCGCUCUGGGGAAAGAAGUGGAGGGAAGCCGAAGCCUGCGCGCAGCGAGAAGCAGGCGCCCCAGGAGCCGCGGGUGAGGCCCAGACGUGCCGGCAGUGGCGAGGAGCCUCUACCCCGAGGGCACCGAGUGCGGAACUUCUCCGAAGACUCCGGUGAGGAGCAGCGGCUUCGCAAUUGGUCUGCUGACUCUGGGGAGGAGCAAGCUACGACGUGCGCGCCGCCGACGCCCUGGAAGCCCAAAGCGGUGACGGUGUCCUCAUACCCUUCGCCAUUCGCAGCGUUCGGCGCAGCUGCAGUGAAACAGGAGCGCCGGACUCGUACCUUGGCGCGGCGGAAGGGCCCCGAAGAACAGGAGGCCACCCACUCGCCUCCCAGCGGCGGCAGCGGUGAGAUGUCACCAAGCUCACCCUCCUAG